AAGAUAGGUAGAAAACUAGAUAUGAGUGGAUAAACACAAGAAUUAACAAGUAAAUGAAAUGAAUAACAAUAAUGUGGUCCGACUGCUGCGGAAUCCACUCUCUUAUUGUUGCAUUUCCCCUGUCAGUUUCGGUGCUUCUCAGAACUGUUCCACUCCGGCCAGUUUCGAUGGAUCUUCAGAGCUCCAUUCGGAGAAUCGGCCAUUAAAGCACUUUAUUACCUUUAGAUUCUUCACCAUUUUUGUCGCGGUUGCCUUUUCCCUUUUAACAUCUCUCUACGUCUCCUCCUGCAAUAGUUCUCAUCAUCGUCUAGGUGAUUUGUACCGAGUUCGAUCUAAUAAUAGUUCCAUUCUAGGCUUAAAAUCGAAUCCUUUUAGCUCAAGGGUUAAAGACACUGUUUUUGCACUGAAGGAGCAAUUAACCCAGGCAAGUAAGCAAGGUGCUUGGAUAGCUGCAAAGACUAUUCCAGAGAGCAUGCAUUGUUUGUCAAUGAGGUUGAUGGAAGAACGCAUUGCACAUUCGAAGAAAUACAUAUAUGAUGAUGGGAAACCUACUCCACUGGAGUUUGAGGAUCCUAAGCUUUAUCAUUAUGCAGUUUUCUCUCAUAAUGUGCUUGCUGCUUCAGUUGUUGUGAAUUCAGCUGUAAAGAAUUCGAAAAAUCCAUCACAACACUUCUUUCAUAUUGUGACUGAUAAAGUGAACUUUUGGGCUAUGCAAGUUAUGUUCAAGAUGAAAGAUUACAGUGGAGCUCUCAUUGAAGUGAAGGUUGUUGAAGAUUUUAAGUUCUUCAACUCCUCUUAUGUCCCAGUACUUAAGCAACUUGAAUUUGAAAUGAUGCAUGCAACCAAGGAUAAUAUGAAAUUUAGGAACUAUCUGUCAACAAUGAACCACCUUAUGUUCUAUUUGCCCGAAAUGUAUCCCAAGCUGCACAGGAUUUUGUUCUUGGACGAUGAUGUAGUUGUUCUGACAGGCCUCUGGAAAAUAGAUAUGGAUGGUAAGGUGAAUGCAGCUGCAGAGACAUGUUUUGGUUCAUUCUAUCGAUAUCGACAAUUGAUGGAUUUCUCACAUCCAUUGAUUAAAAACAAGUUUAACCCCAAAGCAUGUGCAUGGGCUUUUGGAAUGAACUUCUUUGACUUUAAUGCUUGGAGGAGGGAGAAGUCCACUGAAGAAUACCAUUACUGGCAGAACAUGGAACAUGGCCUCCAGGUUUGAUCACAUUUUACUCCACAACAAAGGUACUUGAUAAGUCUUGGCAUGUACUGGACCCUCACUUUAAUCCAAGCGUCAGCAUGAAUGAUAUCGACAAUGUCUCUGUGGUCCAUUUCAAUGGGAAUAUGAGACCAUGGCUCGAUAAUGCAAUUAACAAAUUUCGGCCUCUUUGGUCGAAGUAUGUUGAUAAAGAAAUGAGCAUGUGCAGGUAUGUAAUUUCAAGUUUGGUGAUGGUUGAACAUAUGCUUGAUGGAGUUAACAAGCUAGUCCUACGAGCAUCUCCUGUUUGGCUUGACACUUCUCCCUCACACGUGAAGUAAGUAUUCAAUUUUAAACUUACUAUUACGUCUACCUUAGUUUUAGCAUUUUUCUUUUUCUAUGUCAAUUCAGUCUUUCAGUUUUCAAUUGUUCGUAAUUUUUUACCAUUCUUAGCAGCUGGGAAAAUUAUUUCAACUGAUCUCUUAAGUUUGAAGUUUUUGUCAGUGUAUCCUGUCAAUUUUUAGGGCUUAAUAUAUUUUGAGGAUUAAGCAACUCUUAUCUGGAAAUUUGUGACUAGGUAACAUCUUGUCUGCUAUUUAAUUGUCCUUCAUGUAUCCUUGCUACCAUUUGAUUUUUGAAUAUGGGCCCUUCAAGUUUUCUUUGCAUAAAAAUAUAUAGUUUGACAUGGCAAUUAAAGAAGUGAUCUCUACCUUUUCUUUUAUUGUCAAUCCUUCCCAAGAACAUGCCAAGCUUUGUUUUUGAGAAAAGGUCAAAUCCAAGCACAUGUCAAGAGUUCAUUGCAUAAUAAUUUAUAAGUCUCAUACGGCGAUUCAAGAGGUGGUUUCUCCCUUUUCUUUUAUUUCAAUCCCUCCCAAGCACAUUUUCAAGUUUGCAUUGCAUAAUAAUUAUAGUUUCAUAUGACAAUCUACCUACUUCCCUUCUAUCGUCAAUCCUUGCCAAGCACAUAUUUGAGGAAAAAAGAUAGGCAUGUUGUUUGGGGGACAUUCUUAGUAGCCUCUGGUGUUGGCUAUCUCAUGAACAUAUAAAUUUUGAUUGGUGCUGGUUUCACUCUAAUCAUGCUGUUGAAACUCCCUUUCUCAUAACAUCAUAUAACAGUAUGGUAACCUUAGCAAAUUGUAAGUGUGUUUGCUUUAUCAAAAAAUAAAUAAUAAAUAUCUAUGUUUUAUACUACCCCGUUUCAAUUAAUUUGUCCUACUUUUCUUUGGAAUCCGUUUAAGAAAGAAUGCAUCUUUAUCUUUUUAGCAACUCUUUAAUUCCAACUUUCCACAUGACAAGUUUAUCAUCACAAGACUAAAGGGCAUGGGUUGGUUAUAUGUUGAUUGGGAGCAGAUCACGAGUUCACAUCCUGCCACUGACACGAAGCGCGGUAUUUGAGAUUGGAGUGAGAGCAGUGUUGUGAAAAGCGCGCUUCAAAGCGAGGCGACACCAGUGCGCUUCUUUUUCCUGAGGCGAUCUGAAAAAGGCGCUCGCUUCAGAUAAAGAAGCUAGAAGCGACACUAAGGCAAAAGCGCAAUAAAGCGCGCUUUUAUUAAAAAAGCGACAAUUAGUUUUUUUUUUUAAAAAAAAAUUAGGUUUUUUUUAAAAAAAAAUCUGAAAUAUACAAUGUAAGUUAAUUUUUCUUUCACGACUCUUCUUUCGCUUCUUCUCUCUUAACGACCACGAAUGAGACUGUGUCUCUCUUCAUACCUCGACCGGAUUGCAGGUUAAUAGUUCAUCUCUGUGAGUUCCUUUUCUCCUGAAAUAUAUAAUCUUCGCCUUUGCUUCAUCUCUGUGAGUUUCUUUUCUCUUCACGAUGCGACUGCUGUAGUUUUUUCUUGUUCUUCUCUUCUUCUCUUCAUCUCUGCUGCGAUCUGCUCUGUUUCUGUUCACAAUUACUGACUGCCUCCUCUGUUUUUUUUCAAUUCUUUUGCUUUUUUUUUCGUUUUUAUUUUGUGAUCAGUGUGUAUGCUAGCAGCUCUUUUUUUUUUUUGACACUUCUGAUGAUGAAGAAGAUGAUUACCAAUUAUAACCCUUGGUUAUGGCACUUGAAGAGUUUGAGGAUCUUGUUGAAGAAUAGGAGUUUGAGUCUUUGUGAUUUAAUUAUAUUUUUGAUUUUUUGCUUUAUAUGUUAUGACUUAUGAGUAUUUUAUUGACUAUCUAUUUUCUUUUAAUCUAAGACUAUAUUACCUCUAUUUAGUUAUUUAAUAUUUUUUUAUUUUUAUACUAAAUGUCGUUUUUUUUUAAAAAAGCGCGCGCUACAUUACCUUUUUCUCAGGCUUCAGUUGUCUGGCAAUGCUGCUACAUUAGAUUAGCAUAGAUAUAAGCUAUUUUUUUCUCGACUCCAUUGGUAAUCGGAGAUUUUGUAGAAUUAAUUGAUGAGUAGGGUUCUCAUAUCAGAUAUACUGGUUCAGAAGAAAUUCUGGUGAAUGAAGUUUGCACUGCAGAAAUUAGAUGAAUAAUAACUAGAAUUUGGCUGUGUAGUCCAAACAUGGAAUGGAAGGCCAACUUUGCAUGGUGCCUAUAAAUUUUUGUUUUGUUCCUUAUCCAUCUUAUAUUCUUGUACUCUAAGGACGCACAAUGAUUUUCUUGUAUUAAAAAACUACCACCCCAACCUGAAGAAUAAUUGCAAGAUCAAUUUCGAUUUUGGGAGUGUGAAUCUUGAGCAAACGCUUGCUUGCCUAUGCUAGAAAAAGUAUAAUUUUCAUGAUAGCAGUAUGCAUGGUCUUUUCUUUCAAAAAUAUAUAAUUACACCUAGUAAUUAUAUAUUUUUGAAUGGAAGGCCCAUGUGUAUUUCAUUCUUGAAACUUUUUCUCAUAGGUAAUGAACAUUUCCAUUUACUGCCUUUUAUGUAAUCAUCAUCAAGAUUCUCCUUCCAAAUUGCACUGAAGCUGGGAUGCAAGUUUUUGCAGGUUGGUUGAAUUCAAAAUGCUAAGAUAAGUGUAGACAUUAAAAGCAAUUCUCCACCUAUUGAUGUCAGAUGACUUAAGGCUCUGCACAUCACACCCUUCUUCAAACUUUAUGGGGAAAAGGGAUGACCAACAAUUGCAGAAUUUGUUCUGUCCAGAUAAAUUAUGGUAAACAUGACUGGGUUAGAUAAGUUAGGCUACUUCAUUCAGGUUGAUGAUAGACAUUCAGCUAUCUGAUAUCUACAUGUGACUCUCCUUGUUAACUGAUAUAACAGAAUCAAAUUCCUUGGUUUUUGUAGUCCUAAAGAAACUAAAGUGAAUUGUGUUAUGUGUCAUGCUAAUGAAGCAACUCAUUAGUACAGUCACCCAAAUAAUUGUCUGCCCUGGCACAACUUGAUGCCGCUACUUACACAAUUAGCCCCAGGGCUUUGGUCUAGCGUAAGAGUGCAGUGUGCUGUGUGUGUUAUAUUAAGGAUGACAAUUGGACGGGUUGGGUUAAAUUUGAGGCUGUCAAAACGGGUCAAGACCCAAUCCAACCAAGCAAAAAAUUAGCUUGGACUAAAAUGGGUUGGGUCAAAAUGGGUCAGGUAAUGAGUCAUAAUCCGACCUGCCCAAUUCUUACUAAGUUUUAAUUGUAUUAUUUGUUCUUGUAAAACCUGUAAGUACCUUAAGAAAGUUUUCUUUAUUAUGUCUAUAUAUGACCUAUAAAAAAAUUUAAAAUCUUUAAAAUAUUUUGUCAAGAUUUCUCAUGACUUAAUUUGGUCUACAUAUGAAAUGGGUUGAUGUUGGUGUUUACAGAUAAAGAAAACAUAGAAGAAGAAAAAGAUCAUAACUUUAUUAACCUAAACAAAGAGAUAUUUAAAUAGAAGGAAAUUCUAACAAUCUGCAUUAUUAGUUCAAAAAUGGAAUCUUUUUAAUAACUAGGAACUAAGUCUACCAACAACUACAAGCCUAAAGACUAAGAACUCACAACUGAAAACUAAAACAGAAAAAUUCCAUCUUCUGAAAACAAAAAACAACAUCAACAGCUAUUCAUCAUGCCAACUCAACCUGAAUUAAAAGCUCAUGAGGCAGCUUUCAACACUCCUCGUUGCAUCAAGAGCUGCAAAUUCCAAGUUCUUUUCUCAAGAACUCAAAUUUGCUUGCUGGAAGAGCUUUUGUGAAAAUAUCAGCUAGCUGCUCUUUAGCUCUAGAUUCACUAAACCAUCCUUCUGCACUUCUCUAAGAAAAUAUAGCUUCACAUCGAAAUGCUUUGUCUCUAUGAAAAACUAGAUUGUGAGAAAUAGCAAUGGCAGCUUGAUUGUCCACAAAUAUCUCAGUGCUUUCCUUCAUCUCCAACCUAAGAUCGCAAAAGAUUUUCUUUAUCCAUAAACCUUGAUUGACUGCAGCUGUAGCAGCAAUGAGUUCUACCUCUGCAGUUGAUUGAGCAACAAACUCAUGUUUUUUAACACAAAGAAAAACAUCCAGCGCCAACAGAUGCCUGAAGUACUUUUAUCUUCAGCAGAACCACCCCAAUCACUGUCAGAAAAACCUUGAAGCUUGAUAUCCUAGCACUUGCUAAAUUUGACUCCAUAGUCCAUUGUGCCUUUGACAUAUUUGAGUACUCUUUUUGCAACUUGCAUAUGCAAUUCACUAGGAGCAUUCAAGAAGCGAGAUAGUACACUUACAACAUACGGCCUUGUUGCUGUAAGAUACAUCAAACAGCCUAUCAAGCUUCUGUAGCUUCCUUUUUUGUACUCAUUCAACACCAUCGUCCUUCAUCAGCUUCUACUUUUGAGCGUACUCAUACUUUUGCGACCAUUCACUCUAAAUUUCCUUAUAAUUUCUUUUGCAUACUUCUUCUGUCAAAUGAAUAUUUCAUCUUGGAUUUGUUUAACCUCCAUUCCAAGAAAGAAAGCCAUCUCUCCGAGAUCCGUCAUUUCAAAGACUUUCAUCAUCUCCUUUUUCAACUCUUCUAUGAGCACAACAUUACUCCUCUUACUAAAAGAUCAUCAACAUACAAAGAAAUUAUAAUGAUGUCAGUGUUAAAAAUGCUUUAUGUAAAGAGUUGAAGCACUUAAGCUUUCUUCAAAACCUAAGUAAGAAAGAUGAUCAUCGAUUCUACUAUACCAAACCCUUGGAACUUGCUUUAAUUUGUAGAGGGCCUUUUUGAGCAAGUAGACUUUAUCUUCUUGUCCUUCUGCAACAAAGUUGCUCAACAUAGAUUUCUUCCUGUUUUUUAACAUCUAGUUGGUAGAUUUCCCAACCCUUUUAUCCUGCAAUUGCCAAAAGAAGCCUGAUUGUGUCAAGGUUGCAACCGCUUUGAUUUUCUACCAAGGCUUUGAAUUUCCAAAAUAUUUCAGCAACCUCCGAUUUGAAUCUUAUGAAGUAUAUCCAACACAUCCUUGUUAGAUCGUCAAUUAAAAUUAUGUACUACCUGCAUCGUUUCAAUGAUGUUCUUUGGGAGCCUCCAAGAUCUGUAUGAAUCAUCAGCAAUUUUUGAGUCACUCUCCAAGUUGAUUUUGGGAAUGACAAUCUUGUGUGCUUACCAAAUUGACAUGCCUCACAACUUAGAAGUUUAUCUUCAAGUGAAGGUAAACCUUUUGCCAACCUUUUUCUCUGCAUAUACAAAAUCGCCCUGUGAUAGAAGUGACCCAACUAUUUGUGCCAUGUUUCUGUAACAGUGGACUUACUGGGAAAAGCUAUUUGUUCUUCCUCCAUUGGAUUCAACGAAAAGCUUUUAUACUGCAUUUUUAAUUCUAAAUGGUUCCUGGCCACUUGGAUCAAUGAUCAAGAAUGCCUUAGCUUCAAAAAAUAAUUUGAAUCUAUUUUCAAGCAACUGUCCAGCACUUAAUAAAUUCUUAUCAAGUUCGGGAACAAACAAAACUUCAAAAAUAAGUUUUGUACAUGUAUAACUCUCAAUAACUAGAGUCCCCUCCCCUUUUGCAGGAAGGUAUUCUCCAUUUCCAAUCCUGACUCUUGAUGUUGUUCUAUCAAGCCUUUUGAAAAGUGUUUCAUCACUAGUCAUGUGGUUUGUACAACCACUAUCAAUUAGCCAACAAUCACUUGAAAUACUAGAUGCAAAACAUGAUUGAACAAAGAAUUGUUCUUCCUCAUGCUGAUUUGUAACUUGAGCUUCUCCUUGUUGCAGCUAUCCUUUUUCCUUGCAAAUGAUCUUAGCAUGCCCACGUUCUUGACAUCUCUGGCAUCUCAUAUUUGACUUUCUCCAUCAUUUGAAGUGAGGAUGAUUCUUCCUUCCGCAUUAUUGACACGAAGGAAAUUCGUCUCCUUUGUUGCUACCCGAAUUGAGGUUGCUUCCAUUACCAACGGGAACCUGAUUAUUUUCAACAUAGUUCUUCUUCCCUGUUUUUUUGUAUUUGUUUCCCGGAUAGUUCUGCAACUUGGCCUGAAAUGCACCUUCUAUCCUUCUUGUCUCAUUAACCUUCUUUUGUUCUUGUGCCUGCAAUGCAUUUAGCAAUUCUGCCAAAGUGAUCAAUGACAGAUCCUUAGUAUUUUCUAAGGAAGCAAUGGUUAGUUCAAACUUUUCAGGUAAUGUAACAAGAAUUUUCUCAACAACUUUGAUAUCAGGAAGCUUAUUGCCCAACAUUCUUGCCUUGUUCACAAUGCUAAGAAGCCUAUCUGAGUAUUCUUUGGCAGUUUCAGAAUCUUUCGUUCUUUGUACUUAAUUUCUCUAAUAAGAUUCAUAGUUUUCAUACCUUUGAUUUGCUCAUCUCCUUGUUAUUCUUCUUUUAGAAAAUCCCAAAUUGCUUUUGCCGAUUCCAAUGUCAUGAUUCUGGAAAAAAAUGUAGGCGAAAGUGCAGCAGAUAAGGAAGAGUUCGCCUUGGAUUUCUUGUCUUCCUUUCCUUGUGAAACUUGAUUUGCGCCAUUGUUGGAUUGCCUGGUAAAGCAGGAAUUUCGUAAUCCUCCUCUACUGCUUCCUAAAGAUCACAUGUCUCCACGUGAGUUUGCAUCUUGAUAGCUCAUACCUAGUAGUUAUCUCCAUCAAACACGGGUGGAGAAAUAGCAUAAGAAUCAAUUGUUCUCGGGGCAACAAGUAGGGACAGACUUUGUUGAUGGUUUACUCAGACUACACUCACAAGUCGCUCAUGGGUCUCUUAAGAAGAGAGCUCUGAUACCAAUUUGAAAACAUAUGAUAAAGAAGAAAAAGAGCAUACUUUUAUCAAGCAGAAAGAAGAGAUAUUUAAAUAGAAGGAAAUCCAAACAAUCUGCAGGCAGUAGUUCAAAAAUAGGAUCUUCCUAAUAAUUAGGAACCAAGUCUACCAACAACCACAUGCUAGGAAAUUCACAAUUGAAAACUAAAACAGACAAAAAAAAAGAACAGAAAUACAAUGCACAUUUAUGGGUUUAUAAGACUGACAUGAGUGUGUUGUGUUUGCUAGUGACACUGUUUUAUGUUAUGAACAACCACUCAAAAGGUACUACUCCAUAUGUUCCACUUUAUAAGACUCACUUUCUUUUUUAAUUCGUCCCAAAAAGAAUUGACCACAAUUCUAUAUUUAGUACUUGCCAAAUUGAUGUUGUUUGAUCUGACACGAAGUUUAAGAAACAAAAGCUUUUGAAUCUUGUGGUUUAAAGUAAAUUAUAGAUGUUUGUGUGACUAUAAAUCAUUGUAUUAAGGGUAAAAUAGAUAUUUUAAAGUUAAAUUGUUACUAUAUAUAGAAAUUUGAAUUUAGUAAAAAAGAAAAUGAGUCAUAAUGUCUCAAAAAUUGGGAUUGAGGGAGUAACAAUUUGACUUUAAACGUUCAUUUUAACUUCAAUAAAAUGAUUUAUAGUCACGUACACAUCUAUGACUUGUUUUAGACCAUAAGUCUUUAAAAGUCUUAUCUUUCUUCUUAAAUUCUGUGUCAAACUAAAGUACACCAUAUAAAUUGGGACGGAGGGAGUACUUCUAAAAAUAGACAAACCUCCCUCUGAAAUUCUGGGAAGUGAGUAUCUGUUCCUAUGAACACAUUCAUUUACUUUGUCAAUGAAAGGUAUAUUCUAACUGCACAUUAAUGAGGUUAUAACACUGGACUGAGUGUGUCGUGUCUGCUAAUGACAUUGUUUUAUGUUAUGAACUACCACUCAAAAGGUACUACUAUUCCAAAAUAUGCAAGGAAUAGACAAACCUCCCUCUGAAAUUCUGGUAAGUGAUCAUUCCUAUGAAUCCAACCUUUACUUUGUUCAUUUGCAAAACGAGAAGGGCUCAAACUCAGCAGAGACAAGGUAUUACCUUCCCAUCUGGCUAAAUCUUGAUUUGCAUAGGUCCAUAUAACUGUGUUGGCAGGAGGUAGCAGAACAGGGUGGAAUAGUUGACGUACCAACAAGAUGGUGAGGAUAUAACCCUUGUAAAAGGAUUGAAAUGUGAUUAUGGCUUGUGUGGCAAGCAAUUGGGCUGUGAUGUCUGCAUUAUACACUGCCGUUCACCAAGGACCAGGAUGCAAUUUCCCAACAGAAGAUCCUUUAUGCUAUUGGAUCUACUUGUAACUAGGAUCCUCUGUGGUUCCAUAGACAGUUACUUUUGCUUGUUUGGGUCUCUUCUCUUGAUUUUUUGGAUCUCUUCAUGUUCUGUUUUGAAGUGUUCUUGAGAUCCCAUGCCAGAUUCUUAAUUGGUGUUGUAACAUUUUUUUCUUUAAAUUAAAUUUGUCCCGCUAUGGAAUUCAUCAUGUAAUACAAAAUUUAGUGAAGAUGACCAUUGAAAGUUGAAACAAA